CUUGAAAGUCAUAAAUUGCAAAGCUUGAAAACAUGUCUAAGAAAGCUAGCUGCAGCAGCUCCCUUUUUGCUUUGUUCUUCUUGUUCUUAUUUUCUAAGACUACUUUCCUGGCCAUGGCACAAAACAAUACGACUAUCCCAGUUCAUGUGGGUCUGGUUCUUGACUUUGAUGACUUGUAUGGGAAGAGGGAUCUGAGCUGCAUCGAAGUCGCCCUAUCCGAUUUCUAUGCCUCUAAUCCUAACUAUAAAACCAGGCUUGUUCUGGAAAAAAGGAGCUCCCCUUCAGAUGUUGUUGUCACCGCUUCUGCAGCUCUAGACCUAAUAAAGAAUGUUCAAGUGCAAGCAAUCAUAGGGCCUGCAUCAUCAAUGCAGGCCAAAUUCCUAAUCAGCCUUGGCGAGAAAGCCCAAGUUCCCAUAAUCUCCUACUCAGCAACAAGCCCAUCUCUUACUUCAAUCAGAAGUUCAUAUUUCAUCAGAGCUGCACAAAAUGAUUCAUCCCAAGUGAAAGCCAUUAGUGCUAUCGUCCACGCCUUUGGCUGGGGAGAAGUAGUGCCCAUCUAUGUUGACGACGAGUUUGGGGAAGGAGUCAUACCUUACCUCUCUGAUGCCUUGCAAGAAGUUGGUGUUCGAAUUGCCUACCGGAGUGUCAUUUCUCCGGCGGCCACUGAUGACCAAAUUGUUGUUGAGCUUAAAAGGUUGAUGGCAAUGCAAACAAGGGUCUUCGUUGUGCACAUGUUACCGUAUCUUGGUUUGCGAAUUUUUGACAAGGCGAAAGAGAUUGGCAUGAUGGAGGCAGGGUAUGCUUGGAUAAUGACUGAUCGGAUGACCAACAUGUUUAGUUCCAUAAAUUCCUCUGGCAUAGAAAAUAUGCAAGGGGUUUUGGGGAUAAAAACUUAUUACCCGAAUUCGAAAGGUCUUGAGUACUUUCGAGUUAGAUGGAAGAGGAAAUUCCAACAAGAAAAUCCAACUGUCCAGAAUGUUAAACUGGAUGUGUUCGGAUUAUGGGCGUGUGAUGCUGCUUGGGCACUGGCCAUGGCUGCUGAGAAAGUUGGGGCUACAAACUUCAGCUUCGAAAAGACGAAUACUUCCGGAAAAUCUAGUACUACUGAUCUAGAAAGAUUUGGUGUCUCACAAAAUGGUCCUCAACUUGUCCAAGAACUAUCAGGUACAAAUUUUAAAGGCCUUUCAGGAGAUUUCAAUCUUUUCAACGGCCAAUUACAAUCAUCAACUUUUGAGAUUGUUAAUGUGAUUGGAAGUGGGGAAAAACUGAUUGGAUUUUGGACACCCAAAAAUGGCCUUGCAAGAAACUUAAAUUUGAGAAACAAAAGCAAAUAUUCUAUUUCCAAUACUAGUCUUGGAUCUAUUAUAUGGCCGGGAGACACCACCUCUGCUCCUAAGGGUUGGCAGAUUCCUACACUUGGCACGAAGCUGCGAAUUCUAGUCCCAGUCAAGCAAGGGUUUUCGGAAUUUGUAAAUGUCACAUAUCCUGGAACUAACAUACCCAAGAUCAGUGGAUAUUGCAUAGACGUCUUCGAAGCUGUAAUUGAAGCACUACCCUACGAUGUCCCUUACGAGCUUAUUCCCUAUUCAAUGCCUGGUUCGAGCACUAGCAAUUACAAUGACUUGGUGAAUGAGGUGUAUCUCAAGAACUAUCACGCGGCAGUAGGGGAUAUCACUAUUAGAGCAAACAGAUCCUUAUAUGUGGACUUCACGUUGCCGUACACAGAAUCUGGUGUGUCCAUGAUUGUGCCUAUCAAAGAGAACAAAAGCAAGAAUGCUUGGGUGUUCUUGAAGCCUUUGACAUGGGACCUUUGGGCAACGAGCGGUUGUUUUUUCAUAUUCAUUGGUUUCGUUGUUUGGGUUCUUGAACAUCGGAUCAACGAAGACUUUCGGGGGCCUCCACAUCACCAAAUCGGGACAAGUUUUUGGUUCUCGUUCUCAACCAUGGUUUUUUCACACAGGGAGCGAAUAGUGAGCAACUUGGCUCGAUUCGUGGUGAUAAUCUGGUGCUUUCUAGUCCUCAUUCUGACCCAAAGUUAUACUGCAAGUUUGACAUCGCUGUUAACAGUUCAACACCUCCAACCAACUGUUACGGAUGUUAACUUGCUCCUCAAGAAUGGGGACAAUGUUGCCUACCAAUCAGAUUCUUUUGUUCUUGGAAUUCUAAAACAACUAGGAUUUCCAGAUGAAAAAAUUAAGACUUUUCAUUCCCCAGAAGAGUUGAAUGAACUUUUUCAAAACGGGAGUAAAAAGGAUGGUAUCUCGGCAGCAUUCGAUGAGAACCCCUACAUGAAGCUAUUUCUUGCAAAGUAUUGCUCGAAAUACACCAUGGUUGAGCCGACAUUUAAAGCCGAUGGUUUUGGCUUUGUUUUCCCAAAAGGUUCACCUCUUGCUCGUGACGUUUCGAGGGCAAUCCUAAACGUGAACGAGGGAGACAGAAUGAAAAAGAUUGAGAAGAAAUGGUUCAACAAAGAAUCAAGUUGUUCAGACCCUAACAGCCUGGUCCAUUUCAACAGUCUCAGCCUUGAGAGCUUUCGGGGCCUCUUUCUCAUAGCCGGUCUUGCUUCAACAUUAGCUCUCCUCAUAUAUGCUGCCACGUUCUUGCAUGAACACAAGGAAAUCCUCUUGCGACUCGAUCCAGAAGCCUCAUUGUGGAGAAAAUUUUGUGUCAUGUUAAGAAUUUACGACAAAAAGGACUUAAAGUCAUUUACUUUUAAGAAGGGUGAACUGGAAAUGAACGCCAUCUUCCCCCCAAGUCAAUCAGUCUACUCAAACAACACUGAAUCACGCAUGGUUUUCGACGAGCAGAUGAGAACACCUUCUACUAAGCAUGGUGGUUUCAGUCCCAGUGAUGAUUCACUCAAAUGAAGAGAGAUGGAAUCAGUCAAUGAGAUUACUGAGAGGCCAACACCUCAUGAGAUUGCCCAAGAAAGCAAUUGACAGAGUUUCUUAGUUUCACAUAGUCAGUGUUAAUUAUAGAUUUAGCACCUUAUCGUUAGACUUGAUUGUACAUGGGUAAAAAAUAUUGUAAAUUGGUUUAGAAAUAUGACGAUUAUAUAUAACAAAUGAAUAUAUGUGGAAAUAUUAAGUUUGUUUGAA